AUGAUCAGCUCCAGGAAGCUAGCUCAACUUUCCAAGAAGUGGCAGGGCAUUGGCGCCAUUGGGCGAAGAAGGUUCGCAACAUCAGACAAGGAUAUCCACCCGUCAUGCAGCUCAGUUGCAGGCAAGGGCCACUUCGUUGUCUACUCUUCCGACGGGAGGCGGUUCGAGAUCCCCCUGGUGUGCCUCCGCACAACGGUCUUCGAGGAGCUCCUGAGGAUGUCUCAGGAGGAGUUUGGGUUCACAAGCGAUGGGGGGAUCACGCUGCCUUGUGAUACAACAAUGGUGGAGUAUGUGAUGUGUUUGCUAAGGAGAGAGGCCUCCCAAGAUGUUGAGAGGGCACUCCUCAGCUCCAUAGUGACGACUUGCCACCGCCCAAGCAGAGUGAUGCAACCACCCAGCGGACUUAACCAGCAAUUCAUUGUGCACAGCUCCUGA